AGCCGUUAUUCAAAAGGUAUAUAAGUCAUCUUUUUCUUUUGGAAUUCUACUAGUUGGAGACUCUACAUAUACCCCUUUCUUUUACGCAUACAGUGCUACUAUCACUUCAAACGCAAAGCCAUUAGACACAGCAGAACAUCACCAUGAAUUCUAUGGUUAAUUAUGAAUUUAUCAACAGUGUCGAUUAUACCAUUAUUGCCGGUUUCGUAAGCAAUUUUCUAGGUUAUGCAUCUAUCGGCUGUUGGUUAUGCGCACAACUACCGCAAAUUCUGGAAAAUAAUCGGUUAAAGUCUGCAGAUGGCCUCAGCUUAUACUUGUUGUACUUUUGGCUAGCUGGCGAUGUGGGGAAUAUGUACAGUUGUAUCUUGAACCACCAACUACCAUUUCAAAUCUACGAGUCCAUCUAUUUUGUCUGCACAGACCUGACCCUGCUCUUUCAAUAUUUCUCUUUCCGUCACAAUAAGCCUGGCCGCUUAGUGUCAGUGGAAGAGACAGUUGCUCAUACCACCAUGGCGGUGAUAGCAGAAGACAACCAAUCCAACAGCAACCGACCCAAAUCAAUGAAUAAUGACGAAACAGGAACCAGCUCUCGCCUAUUUAAUCGUGCGGAGCCAUCAUGGGAGAAUGAAAAUGAUCAACGCCUCUUAUAUGGCGCUGCUCAAAACAAUUAUGGUGCACUCUCCAAUCACACGGAUGGAAGCAAGAAACCUACUACUACUACUACUACUACUACUACUACAUCCACCGUCUUGAUGAGUCUAUUUAUCGUUGGCUACAAAUCGAUAUCUUCUUUUCCUAGUACAAUAACAACAACAACAACAACAACGACAGCAGCUCCAGAUGAUCUCUCUCACACUAUUGCAGUUACCAGUAUGUUUAUUGACAAUGAAAUGUUCACUUUUGGUUGGGUGCUCGCUUGGAUCUGUAGUGGAUUCUACAUCCUCGCGCGAAUCCCUCAAAUCCACAAAAACCACAAACGCCACUCAACGGAAGGCCUGUCGAUUGCUCUAUUCACAUUCUCUGUGUGCGGCAACUUGACCUACGCUGCUAGUAUUUUAACGCAUCCAGGCCAUACGUAUCAAAGCUUUAUUGAAUCAUUACCUUAUAUUGUAGGGUGUUUUGGUAGUUUGAUGUUGGACGUCAUUAUCUUUGGACAAUUUGUAUCUUAUAAAAACGCGAAUAAAGAAAUAGCAAAAGUGUGAGAUUUUAUGGACAAUAAGAGUUAAGACAAUUGUCAGUUUGAUGAUCGUCAAGAUGGACUAUGUCCCUUUUUUUUUUUUUUUUUUAGUUUUU